ACCACAAACAUUAUUUUCGUGUGGCUCUUAUCGGCUGUCACCUCAAAAGAUUAUUCUAGACUUGGGCUUAUCGCAGCCCAAUACAACGUACUCUUGCGUAAGAAACUCACAGCAGCCACAGAUAUUGCAUCAUACGGGCAUUUGCCAGUCGACUAUUUAAGAAGUUUGAAGGUGCAACACUGACUGAAAGUAAAGUUCUUGGUUCAGGUGGUCUGUGCUUCCCACUACCCCUUGAUAAAACCCUUACCAGCUGCCCCUGGCUGGUUAAUUGGAACGAACGUUGAACGGUGUUUUUUUUUAAAGAUGGUUGACACCGAAGCCUAUUUGAACGUAACCACCAUUUUGGUUGGGUUGGUUACUCUGGCUGUCAUUGCGCUGUACAUGAGUACCCAGAGGCCUGCUGGUGCACCGCCCGGACCCACUGCUUUCCCAAUCCUGGGAAAUAUUACCACCUUCAUGACCAAUACGCCUGUCUUUGACGUCUUUUCGGAUCUGAGACAGAAAUAUGGCACCAUAUUUUCCUUGAAGUUUGCAUCGAGGAAUGUUGUUGUCUUGAACACCAUUGAAGUAAUCAGAGAAGCAAUGGUCAAUCAGGCUGUAGAGUUUGCAGGACGACCCCGGAUACAAUCCAUGGAACUGUUCACAGAGGGGUAUAAGGAUAUCGUUUUCACUGAUUAUGGUCCACAGUGGAAAUUUCAACGAAAGCUAGCCCACUCUGCCGUUAGACGUUUCACCCGCAAGGAAGAAUUGGAAAAGCUGGUGUUUGCAGUGACUCCGAAAGUGGGUAAAAUUCUGGAUGAACAAGGAGACAAGCCUUUUGCGCCAAAGUAUACCAUUGGGCAAGCAGUUUACAAUAUCCUUGCUACAAUGUGCUUCGGAAAACAAUAUAAAACUAAUGACCCGGACCUCAUGGCAUUCAUCACUGCUAAUACUGAAGCUACUGAAGCUUUUGGCAACGGUCUGCCUUCGGAUUUUUUUCCGAUCUUGAAGUACGUCAAACUGCCGAUUGAUAGACGAGUGAACAAGUUGGUCCAAGCGUUUUUCAAGCUGUUUUACAGCGAGUUUGAAAAGCACCGUGAAAAUUUUGACCCAGAAAAUGUCAAGGACUUUUUUGACACUUUGAUCCUGACCCAGAAGGAGGCAAUAGCGGCCGGUGAGGAGGAGGCCAAGCUACUGACGGACACCCACAUUGUUCAGACUGUCAUGGACUUGUUUGGAGCCGGAACCGAGACCACCACCUUAAGUCUUCACUGGGCAGUCGCUGCACUGGCAGAGAAUCCCAAAAUCCAAGAGAGGAUUGCCCAGGAGAUUGAUGAUGUCAUUGGUCGUGAUAGACUGCCCUCUCUUGACGAUAAAGGCAACUUGCCAUAUGUGGAGGCUACCUUACUAGAGAUUCUCCGCUUUGGUUCAGUUGCUCCACUGGGUGUUCCACAUUCUACACUGGUUGAUACUACACUGAAUGGUUACAAGAUUAAGAAAGGAACGAUGGUGAUGAUCAACCACAUAGGUCUUCACUUUGACCCUGAGAAAUGGGACCAACCUGAGCAGUUUAAACCAGAGCGGUUUUUGAAUGAAAACGGUCAACUUCCCGAUAAACUACCCGAGAAUUUCCUCCCGUUCGGCCUUGGCCGACGAGUCUGUCUUGGUGAAGACUUCGCUAAGAAGGAGCUCUUCCUUAUCUUCACAUGGCUGUUUGGCCGGUACACCUUCUACAAGGUACCAGGGAAGGAGGAGGAGUCCCUGAUGAAGCUGACUACUGUUUCAGGCUUUGUCCACCAACCUCUUGACGGUAUGGAGGUGUGUGUUAAGAAGCGCUAUGAGUUUGAAUAAAGUAACCUGUUAUUCUGAGGUGUGAUUUCGGUUUUCUAAAAUACUGUGCUUAAAAAGUACUGUUCUGGUACAAAGAUAUCAAGUGUGAUUUAUCAAUGUUUAUCAUGGUUUGUUUUUGUACAAAACUGCCAGUGCAUACUAAACACAUGCAAAGAUCAAUAUUUGUUUUUGUAUAGUCAUUUAAAGGGAAGGUACACGUUUGGUAAUUGUCGAAGACCAGUCUUCUCACUU